UCUUCAGAACCGAUCAUUCUGUUUUAUUCCCAGCCGAAAGUAGACCAAUCCCCUCGCUUGCCAAUUGCCAUUUCGCGUGUUCGAUCACAGACCCAAUUGUGUGUGCCAAUGUCCACCUAGAUAACGUAGCGAGGACUGAUGAAUUGUUCCUAGUUCAGUAGCCACUGAUUUCCCGGAUUUGCAUCUCGUAGCGGCGGCCGCCGCCUCCUCUCCGCUGUGCACGCUCGUUCCUGCUGACGCUUGCACUGCAGACGUAAUUAUGCUUGACCUGAUUUAAUCGGAAAUUCAUCGGUGCUUGCUUGAGAAACCAAUAGCGCGUGGGAAGGCGAGAUAUUCGCUCCUGGUUUCGUCAGCCGACAAGGAUGGUUCCUGACCUUUUCCAUCCCCCUUGUUCCUGUUAUGCAUCAUUGUUUGGUUGCUCCAAAAAAAAUCAAGGCAACCCACUGCAUGCGAUCGAGAAACUUUUCUAGAGCAUUUGAAUGUGAAACAGCGUAUACCUGGGUAUUUUUGCUUUGUUCUGGACGUGUUUCCGGGCUUGAACGAGCACCUUUUUUUUUUACAAAGACGAACGCACACUUGCCCGAUAUGUUCCCAGAAUAGAGUUGACGGGGUCAAGUCUCCUUAUUCUUUCUGUCGCGGUGGUCCAGGUGAGAGGUUUUUAGGGACUUUAUUACGAAAACUUACCAAUUCCCAAAUGCAAAUCCCCCAGUAAGAAAGGCAAAAGAUAGAUAUGGGCGACUAGAAGCCUUUGUUUCCAUGCGACUCAACCAAUCAAACAUCAAACGAGUCUCCACGGUACAACGACGGGAGGUAACAGCCGACUUGCGUGGCACACACUCGCGUUAUGCGUGCCGCAACUGGUCAAGGCCUUCCUGUCGCUCUCAUCAGCCUGCCAGCCUCUGUAGAAACUCGCAAGGCCCUCACGACUUAUAAACGGAGAGGCGAGCAGCGGCGACGAACAAAGCUCCUGACUCCAUUAGCCAUGCCUCCUCUCCUGAUAUGUCACCGGCUGCUGCUGAUCCUCCUCCUCUCGGUUGCCGCCUCCCAUGGCGAUUCAUCUAACGAUGCCUACGACUCCUCCAUGUGCCUGGAUCAGCCAUACACCUGCGGAGGCGUGAAAAUCAGCUACCCGUUCUAUCUCGCUGAGGAGACAAAAGAACUCAAGGGCUACGACAACUCCUACUGCGGCUACCCUGGCCUGGGGAUCGUCUGCGACGGCGGCAAGCCCACCCUGCAACUCGACGGCCCCGCAAAGUACACGAUCACAAGCAUCAAUGGCACGAUCCCGACCGUCUCUCUAACUGAUCCCAAGGUUCUCGGCGGCGGCACCGACACCUGCCCAAGACCAAUAGUCGGUGGUAACGUGACCCUUUCACAGGGAUCAUGGCUUUUCUUUCCUGACAGCACGGUCGAUUACCUCGUCUUCUUGAUCGAUUGCUCGUUCGGCUCUGGCUUCCCGCGACCAAGUAACAUCGACCCCAUCAGCUGCCAAGGAUUUGGCGGGGGCCCUGGACUGUCGUUCGUGCUUCCGGAUGAUGAAGUGCCCGCCAGGAACUGGUCGCACGCGUGCAGGCAAGUCAUACAGCUGCCUGUGAACAAAAAUAUCCCGGUCGACCAUACUGAUUAUAGAUGGAGAAACAGUGAAUAUGGCAAGCUUCUUCGUGAGGGAUUUCAAUUGGGACUGAAUGACAGCGUGAAGUCCCAGGCAUGUAUGCGGUGCGAGCAAUCCAGUGGAAAGUGCGGUUACAGCCAGGGCAUGGAUUUCAUCGAUUGCUUGUGCCCUGACGGGCGAAUGCACUCCGAUAAUUGUGUCAAGGGCGCCGGGGCACACUCAAAGAACAAAAGAAAGAUAUACAUAAUAGCAAGCACUAUACCUCUGGUAUUUCUACUUUUUGCAUUGUUGCUGGGGUCCAAGAAAUACUUAUCCAGAAAGAAAUCAAAGGAAACAAUAAGGAUUGAGUCCUUCCUGCAAAAGAAUGGAACCAUAUAUCCAAAAAGAUACACUUACACAGAAGUGAAAAGAUUGACAAAAUCUUUUACUGAAAAACUAGGUCAAGGUGGAUUUGGUGCUGUUUACAGAGGUGGCCUCUCUGAUGGCCGUCAGAUUGCAGUCAAGAUGCUAAAGAGCUACAAGACUGAUGGUGAGGAUUUCAUCAAUGAGGUAGCUAGUAUCAGCAAAACUUCUCAUGUCAAUGUUGUGACCCUCCUAGGAUUUUGCUUGGAAGGAUCUAAAAGGGCACUAAUCUAUGACUAUAUGCCUAAUGGAUCACUUGAAAAGUAUGCUUUCAAAGAUAACUCUAAAGGCGAAGAUAGCCAAAAUACUCUAGGUUGGGAGAAAUUAUUUGAUAUAGCAGUUGGCAUUGCUCGAGGACUUGAAUAUCUUCAUCGAGGAUGCAAUACUCGCAUCGUACAUUUUGAUAUCAAACCCCACAACAUUCUGUUGGAUCAAAAUUUCUGCCCUAAGAUCUCUGAUUUUGGAUUGGCAAAGCUGUGCCUCAAUAAAGAAAGUGCUAUUUCCAUUGGUGGUGCAAGAGGAACAAUAGGCUAUAUUGCGCCCGAGGUCUUUUCAAAGCAAUUUGGGGCAGUAAGUAGCAAGUCUGAUGUCUACAGUUAUGGAAUGAUGGUUCUUGAGAUGGUUGGGGCUAGGGAUAAGAAUAUCUAUGCAAGUAGUGCAUCUAGUAGCCAAUAUUUCCCUCAAUGGAUUUACGAACAUUUGGAUGAAUAUUGUGUCGGUGCUUCUGAGAUUGAUGGCGAGAUCACAGAGAUUGUAAGGAAAAUGAUAGUAGUUGGGCUGUGGUGCAUACAAUUAAGUGCCACGAAUCGUCCAACAAUGACUAGAGUAGUUGAGAUGCUAGAAGGGAACACGAGUGACCUUGAAUUGCCACCAAAAGUGCUCUUGAUUUCAUAAUCACCAACAUGUUUACAUUGGGUGUUGUGCACUUGCUCCAGUAUUGCAGAAUUGUAAGGAACUGAAAUUUUUAAUACUCCAUGAAAUGCUGUAAUUUGUGCGUGAGUAGUUGCAAAACCACGGUGCCCAUAUAACA